UCAAUUUUUUUUUUUUAAAUAAAUUGAUAAUAUAAUAUUGUUUAAGGGGUGAAUUAUGAUCUUAGGUUUUGCUUACUUCCCCAUAGAUGAUGAGAUAAUGAUGUGCCCAACCUUAAUUCUAAUGCUGGACAGCAAACUGAAGACAGAGAGGGACAGGGAGUCUAGAGAAGAGAAAAGGGUAGAGAGAGAGAGAGAAGACAGAGCACUCUCUCACUCUCUGAUGAUUGAUUCCUGUUGGGUUUAAACAGAAGCCAACUGGGUCAGAUUUAGUUUUUUACUUGGAGAUGGGUUUGAAAAAGUUUUCACUCUUGAUGCCUACUUUUGGCUGCACAAAGCCUUAAGAGCAACAAAAGAACUGGAUCCACAUCACUAAUGAUUCCUUCACAGGUUUCCCCUAAAUAACGAUUGGGUUUUGUUCAACUUGCUCUUUGGUAUGAUUACUUUGCUUCUUUUGUGUUCUUCAGAGGAGGUUCUGAUGGGAUUUUAAUGCUCUAUACAACAAGAGGAAGGAGACUAGUAUUGAACCAUUAAGUGGAAUACUAAGAAGAGAUCAGAGAGGUGAGCCGUGCAGUUUUUGCAUCAUUCUUUGUGGCUUCUACGUGGGUUUUGUUGAUAAAGUGUUGAUUUUUACGAGUUAUGUGAGGCGGAAUUUUAGCAAAUUUUGCUUCUCAAUUUGAAUUUGUCAGGGAUUCUUCUCUUGGAGGUUUAACUUUGAUGAGUUGUGCUGCUGGAACUGGGGUUUUUGUCAAGCAUUCAAGGCUCUUUGUGAAGAUACACAGGUGGGCUUUGGUUAAAAUGUCUAUGAAUUCCAAGCUUUGUAGCUCAAAUGGCAGAUUGACAGCAAGUUUCAAGCUGAAGAAGCAAAAUGAUCCUUUGCAUGGGUCUAAUUCUGUCAGGAAAUGGAGAAAGAUUCUCUGUCUUUGGCUUUUAUGUGUUCUAACCAUAGCCAGCAUGUGGUUCCUUUUGAGUCUUACAAAUGGGGAAUUGGGGAAGAAAGACAAGAGUCUAGAUUCUUGUGAAGAAAAAGCUCAAGUUUUGCUCCAACAUUUUAAUGUCAGCAAGAGCCAGCUUCAUGCUUUGGUUUCUUUGUUUUCUGAUUCAGAUCAGAUAACAUCCCUUCAAUGCUCCAAGGAACUGGGACCUGAAAAGGAGUUGACCGAUGGUAUUGCCUGUGCUCUGAAGGUACUGUGCUCGAAGAAGCAUGAGUUUCAACCACAAGGUGGAUGGGCUACUGAAGGUGUAGAAGCUAGCAACCAAUGCCCAGCUCAAGAAACGAACAUUCCUAGGAAGCUUGAACAAUCAUUGAGAGACGAAUUGAACACCUUCCGAACAAGGGAAUUGAGGGACCGCACAGGAGAUCGUUGUAAUAUUUUUUCUUUUGGUUUGGAAAAAGUUUGUUGGUGGGUCCUUUUUGGAAUGAUUGUGAGCUGCACAUUAUCUGCUCUUCAUUUGCAAUUUUGGAGGAAGAAAAAGCUGAAGCUAGCUCAUCUAGAUCCAGUGCCUCAGCAGCGGCACCAACUGUUGCAUCUGAAGCAGCAACAGUUAUCACAGAGUCCUCCUAAGGGUGCUGGAAAGUGGAGGAAGAAGCUUCUUAUAAUAUUUGUUAUGCUUGGGAUUCUUACCUCUAUUUGGUUGUUUUGGCACUUGAAUGGAAAAAUCAAGCUGAGAAGGGAAGAGACUCUCACCAAUAUGUGUGAUGAAAGAGCAAGAAUGUUGCAGGAUCAGUUUAAUGUGAGCAUGAAUCAUGUUCAUGCCUUGGCUAUUCUUGUAUCCACCUUUCACCAUGGAAAAGAUCCCUCUGCAAUUGAUCAGAAAACUUUUGGUGAAUACACCGAGAGAACAGCUUUUGAGAGGCCACUCACUAGUGGUGUUGCAUAUGCUUUGAAAGUUCUACAUUCAGAAAGGGAGCAAUUUGAGAAGCAACAUGGCUGGACAAUAAAGAAAAUGGAGACAGAGGACCAGACUCUAGUUCAAGAUUGUAUUCCAGAGAAGUUGGAUCCUGCACCCAUUCAAGAUGAAUAUGCACCUGUGAUAUUUUCUCAAGAAACUGUUUCCCAUAUUGUCUCUAUUGACAUGAUGUCUGGAAAGGAAGACCGAGGGAACAUCUUGCGAGCAAGGGCAUCUGGAAAGGGAGUAUUGACAUCUCCUUUUAAGCUUUUAAAAUCCAAUCACCUGGGAGUUGUACUUACGUUUGCCAUUUAUAAUGCUGAUCUUCCUCCAGAUGCCACCCCGGAACUACGAUUUGAGGCUACUGUGGGGUAUCUUGGUGCAUCUUAUGACAUCCCAUCACUGGUUGAGAAGCUUCUACACCAACUUGCAAGCAAGCAAACAAUUGUUGUGAAUGUUUAUGACACAACUAAUGCAUCUGCUCCAAUUCUUAUGUAUGGCACUGAUGUUACUGAUACAGGCCUCUUGCACAUCAGCAACCUUGACUUUGGGGAUCCAUUGCGGAAGCAUGAAAUGCAUUGCAGGUUCAAGCAUAAACCUACUUUGCCUUGGACAGCAAUAAAUGCUUCAGUCGGAGUCCUGGUUAUUACUCUUCUCGUUGGCCAUAUCUUUUAUGCAGCCAUAAGUAGAAUUGCUAAAGUUGAGGAGGAUUAUCAUGAGACGAUGGAGCUCAAAGUCCGUGCUGAAGCUGCAGAUGUGGCGAAAUCUCAGUUUCUUGCAACUGUUUCCCAUGAAAUCAGGACCCCCAUGAAUGGCGUUUUAGGUAUGCUGCAAAUGCUAAUGGAUACAGAUCUUGAUGCAAAUCAAAUGGACUAUGCCCAAACUGCUCAUACUAGUGGAAAACAUCUAAUCUCACUGAUAAAUAAGGUUCUUGAUCAGGCUAAGAUAGACUCAGGCAGGCUAGAACUAGAAGCUGUUCCUUUUGAUCUGCGAUCAGUUCUUGACAAUGUUCUAUCACUUGUUUCAGGCAAAUCCAAUGAGAAAGGGAUCGAGUUAGCCAUUUAUGUCUCCGAUCAAGUGCCUGAAGUUGUUAUUGGUGACCCUGGACGGUUCCGGCAAAUAAUUAAAAAUCUUGUUGAAAAUUCGGUGAAGUUCACUAGAGACAAAGGACAUAUAUUUGUCUCCAUUCAUCUGGCAGCUGAAGUGAGAAGUCCUCUCGGUGUUAGAGAUGCAGUGCUGGAGCAAGGUUUGAAUUUAGUUAAAGACAUCUCGAAUGAAACUAAUAAUACGUUGAGCGGGUGUCCCGUGGUUGACAGAUGGAAAAGUUGGGCAAGCUUUAAAAGUUUAAACAACACAGAUACAAUGGGGGAACCUGAGAUGAUUAGAUUACUAGUUACAGUCGAGGAUACAGGUGUGGGAAUACCACUGGAUGCACAAGGUCGCAUUUUCACUCCGUUUAUGCAGGCUGACAGUUCCACUUCACGAACCUAUGGUGGGACUGGAAUAGGCUUGAGCAUCAGCAAAUGUCUGGUGGAUCUCAUGGGUGGUGAGAUUGGAUUUGUUAGUGAACCUGGCACUGGCAGUACCUUCUCAUUCACUGCUGCUUUCAGAAAAGGAGAUUUGAGUUCUCUUGAUACGAAGUGGCAAAUUUGUGAUCGUAAUGUUAUGGAGUUCCAAGGGUGGAGAGCUUUGGUAGUUGAUAAAAGAAGAACCCGAGCAGAGGUCACUCGAUAUCAUCUUCAGAGGUUGGGGAUAUCUGUGGAUGUAGCUUCUAGCCUGAAAUCUGCAUGUUCUUAUCUAUCUGGAGGUUGCUACACGAGUGUUCCAGCAGAUUUGGCCGUGGUUCUUAUUGACAAAGAUGUUUGGCAUAAUGAAACUGGUAUUGCUUUCUAUCAUUUGCUGAAAGAACACAAGCGAAAUGGUGGGAAAGAAAUUGUAAUAAACCUUCCAAAGACUUUUCUCUUGGCUACCACUGUUAGUCUUGAGGAACGAAGUGAACUCACAUCGGCUGGUUUAAUAGAUAAUGUAAUUAUGAAGCCUCUUCGAUUAAGUGUCUUAAUUUCUUGCUUUCAAGAAGACAUUGGAAGUGUUAAGAAGAGUCAAGUAAAGAGAAAGAAUCCAUCAACUCUUCAGAAUCUACUAAGAGGAAAGAGAAUUUUGGUGGUGGAUGACAAUAAAGUCAACAGAAGGGUGGCAGAAGGAGCUCUAAAGAAAUACGGAGCAAUUGUUACCUGUGUGGAGAGCGGCAAGGAUGCUUUGGAACUGCUAAAACCACCACACACGUUUGAUGCUUGUUUCAUGGAUCGCCAUAUGCCUGAAAUGGAUGGCUUUGAAGCUACCCGGCAAAUUCGGUCAAGGGAGAGGCAAUAUAAUGAGCAAAUUGCAUCUAGGGAACCAUCGGCACAGAUGUUUGGAAAUGUGGCUUACUGGCACACGCCAAUAUUGGCAAUGACAGCUGAUGUGAUUCAAGCAACAAAUGAAGAAUGCAUGAAAUGCGGGAUGGAUGAUUAUGUGGCAAAGCCAUUUGAGGAAGAGCAGCUUUACAACGCAGUGGCUCGCUUUUUUGAGUCUGGCUGAUAGAGAAUGCAUGUAGAUAUCAGUUAUUCCUCAUCUGACUUUCAGCCAGCCAGCUGAUCUGUGCUGAUUGCUGAACUUCACAUCGACUGUAAAGCAUUUGGUUAGCGGACUAAUGACGGACAGAAUGAUCCCCUACACAUUCCUAUCAUCUUUCCAGUUAUGGAAUCUGAGACUAUGAAGGUGACCAGAUUCGAGUGUGCAUGAUCUUGAAAAUACAAACUGUUGCUCCUCAUAUGAGAAAUUGAAGACGACAAUGACUAACAUGGUAGCUUUCUACACAGAGCCCUUUUCUCUAUAGUUUGUUCACCCUUAUUUUUAUUCUUGUAAUUUCUUCAGAGUAGACAGAUGAUAGGUGAUCCUUGUUUGAAUGCUGAUGAGAUGAUGAAUUCAAGUUUCGAUCUUCUGCUGACUUACGCAUGAAAUAUUCGCGCAUAUAUAUGAGGAUGAAGGAACGAAUAGCAAAUUGCUGACGGUAUAAUAUUUAUCUUUCUAUAAUCUCUUCCAAGGAAGAUCAAAAUAAACUAGGGGGUUAUGCACUCAAUGCAGCACACCCAUGAUAGAUGUACCAGUAGCUUUUUCUUAGUUGAAAAUUGCAAAUUGAGAUUCAUUCUGAUUGUUCUUUAGAUUUAAAGAAAGAGAAAGCAGUGUUGUAUGUCAAUUUGUAAUGAAGAUCCAGUUUGCUGUAAAUAAAAUUUAUUUACUGCAUAUAAACUUUUUCGAUGUUCA